AUGUCCCUGAAGAGCAUGGUCCCACCUCUCGAGAAGUGCUGGUCUGUGACUAGGGAGUUCAUGCGGUUUAUGCCUGGGUUGGCUUCAUACAAAUUGGGCAAGGUCGCGAGGAUUUUGAAUCCCGACGACCCAAAUCUGAACAACCUUCAUCGCGCAAGGCCGGAUUCCGAGGUACUCUACAAGAUGCUGGGUUCUUGGGUGGAACUACAUGGACGAGUGACGGAGUUAGAGUCUGAAGACUAGUCUAGUGAAACAGGUAGGGGACAGGAUUGUGCGAGGCUACACCAUGUCACAGCAACUUGAUCAAAUUGUGCAUCAUUCCAGGAGUCCGCUCGAGAAGGAGCUCUUUGAAGAAUUGCCCACAUGGCCAGACUGUACGCACGGUAGAAGAAGCGAGGGGCGUCGUAUUGGUGCCCAACAGGGACGAAAAAGUGUACUGUGAA